CCCGUGUGCUUGUGUGUUUGUGUGCGCGCGGUUGUGAAGUUGUUUUGAAUGGAUACAGUAGCGUGUAUGUGUGUGUCUGUGUGUGUGUGUAUUUGUUCCGCAGCGAUCCUGCUCUAACUAGGCCUGACUCCACAGUCUUCAUCACUCUUCCUCACUGACCUGACUCCACAGUCUUCAUCACUCUUCCUCACUGACCUGACUCCACAGUCUUCAUCACUCUUCCUCACUGACCUGACUCCACAGUCUUCAUCACUCCUGCUCACCUCCUCCUGCUCAGGCAUGUCUCAGGACAGCCAACAUGGCAGGUGGACCAUCUCCAGCAGUGAUGAUGAUGGAGACGAUCAUCUUCCUCCUUCUGGGAUAAAGAGUGAGGACUCCCCUGGUCCGCCUCCGGUGGCCCCGGCUCCGGCUCCGGCUCCGGCUCCGGCUCCGGCCCCGGUGAAACCAGAACCGGAGUCCCAGCAGGCAAGGAAUGAGACGAGAGGUCGUCCAGGGGGGAAGAGAAGGAAGGACGCUGAAGACAGCGCGGGCUGGACGCUGUCAGACAGCGAGGAUGAUGACGGGGGGGUGAAGAGUGUCAGGAACCCCCCAAACACGGCUCCUGCUGGCCCCAAAGCAAAGACGGCGAAGGCAGAGAAGGAGCGGCCCCCCAGUCCCCACGGCCGGCUCUACUACCUGGACGAGCCCCAGGACUUCUUCGAGUCGCGCCUCCCCAGUCUGAACCACACCUACCGCUUCUACCUGAACAAGGUGACCGGGCUGGAGCGCCGCUACAACCGCGGAGCGCUGCACAUCAGAGACAUCCUGUCUCCAUUUUUCGGGACCCUGAAAGAAUCUGUCCAGUUCAACUACUGCUUUGACAUUUCCUGGAUGGUUGAGCAGUACCCUCCAGAGUUCAGAGAUCGUCCCGUCCUGAUCGUCCAUGGAGACAAGAGGGAGGCCAAAGCCCGUCUGGUCCAGCAGGCUCAGCCUUUCCCACAUGUUCGCCUCUGCCAGGCGCCGCUGGACAUCGCGUUCGGAACUCACCACACGAAGAUGAUGCUGCUGUGGUACGAGGAAGGCUUCAGAGUCAUCAUCCUCACUUCUAACCUGAUCCGAGCAGACUGGUACCAGAAGACUCAGGGGAUGUGGAUGAGCCCGCUGUUUCCACGGUUACCGGAGGGAUGCAGUGCCUCUGCAGGCGAGUCGCCCACCUUCUUUAAGAGGGACCUGCUGGAGUACCUGUCCUCGUACCGAGCGCCAGACCUGCAGGCCUGGAUCCAGAGGGUCUCAGACCACGACCUGUCUGAGGCCAGGGUGUUUUUAGUGGCGUCCACCCCUGGGAGGUACGUGGGGGCCGACAUGGAGCGCUGGGGCCACCUGAGGCUGCGGAAGCUGCUGUCCCAGCACACUGACCCUGUUCCCGGGGACGAGGAGUGGCCUGUGAUUGGCCAGUUUUCCAGCAUUGGCUCCAUGGGCCUGGAUAAGAGCAAAUGGCUAGAGGGGGAGUUUCAGCGUACCCUGAGCACUCUGGGAAGGUCUUCUCCUCGCUCUAACCCCCCCAUGCAUCUGCUGUAUCCAUCAGUGGAAGAUGUGAGGACAAGUUUAGAAGGUUACCCAGCCGGAGGCUCUCUCCCCUACAGCAUCCAGACGGCCCAGAAACAGCUCUGGCUGCACCAGUACUUCCACCGCUGGAAGGCCAGUAGCACUGGGAGGAGUCAGGCUAUGCCGCAUAUCAAGACGUACAUGCGGGCGUCUCCAGAUUUCUCUCAGCUGGCCUGGUUCCUGGUCACCAGUGCUAAUCUGUCCAAGGCAGCAUGGGGCGCUCUGGAGAAGAACCAGACUCAACUGAUGGUCCGGUCCUUCGAGCUGGGCGUCCUGUUUGUCCCCUCUGUCUUUAACAUGAAGAGCUUCCCUGUAGACACGGAUCCCUUCCCUGUGUCGUCCUCCUCCUCAUCCUCAUCUGGAUUUCCGGUGCCCUUUGACCUCCCCCCGACCUGCUACUCUCCUAAAGAUCAGCCCUGGAUCUGGAACAUUCCCUACAGCCAGGCCCCCGACACACACGGCAACGUGUGGGUCCCCUCCUGAACACACACACACACACACACACACACACACACACACACACACACACACACACACACACACACGACGUGUGGGUCCCCUCCUGGACACACACUCCUCCCUCUCAUUGGAAAGGCCUGCUCUGCUUUAUGAAGUUUUGUGUAGUUGUGUAGUUUUUGUAGUGUGUAGUUUGACGUACUGUUUUGUGGCGAUACUGUUAUUUUUCAGUCACUUUGUUUUCUGUUUUUUUAUUGUACAGUAGAUUGACAUGUUUCCCAUCAAUAAACCAACCACUUUCUA